AUGCUGGUAUCGGGAAUCAAUUGUAGCGAAUACUUCGUUAGGGCAAUCAUCUUAGAAAGUCCUGGACUUAAAACUACGAGGAACCUGCAGGGAAGCGAGCCUGAAUCUCAGGGCGUCCACCACCAACCACCCCAACUACCUCCGAGCCACUCCAACCACCGUCAACCACUUCCAACCACCUUUGUCCUCCUCGACCACCUCGGCCCACGCCGCCUUCUCCGCCGCCACCCCCUACUCUUCGUCGUCGUCCUCGACCACCUCCGAACACCGCUAACCACCACCAAACACCUCCUAUCACCUCCUACCACCUCCAAACACCUCCUACCAUCUCCGUCCGACUCCUAUCACCCCCUGCCGCGACCUGCCAUCUCCUACCGCCGCCAACCACCUCCUGCAACCUCCUACCAGCUCGGACCACCUCAUACAAUUUCCGAACACCUCCUACCUUCCACUACCACCUCCGACCAUCACCGUCCACCUUCUACCACCCCCUACCGCCUCCUACCAUUUCCGAACACCUCCAACCACCUCUAA